GCAGGAAACAAGAGCAGGAAGAGCGGUGGCGAGGCGGCGGCGGCGGCGGAGUCGGUGGUUGCAGAGUCGAGACUACGGCUCCCGGGGGUGGCGGCGGCCGCGUGAGCAGGAUGCGGGUCCGGGUCGGACUGACGCUGCUGCUCUGUACGGUUCUCCUGGGCGCGGCCUCGGCGUCCUCCGAUGACGAGGGCAGCCAGGAUGAACCCUUAGAUUCGAAGGAUUCUCUGCCAUCAGAUGAGUCAGUAAAGGACCACCCCACAGCAGGCAGAGUAAUCGCUGGUCAGAUAUUUCUUGAUUCAGAAGAGUCAGAAUUAGAAUCCUCUGUUCAAGAAGAGGAAGACAACCUCAAGAGCCAAGAGGGAGAAAGUGUUGCUGAAGAAAUCAGCUUUCUAGAAUCUCCAAAUCCAGACAAGGAUAAUGAAGAGGCAAAGAAAGUGCAGAAGCCAGUCUUAACUGCCAUCGAAGGCACAGCACAUGGGGAGCCCUGCCACUUCCCUUUUCUUUUCCUGGAUAAGGAAUAUGAUGAAUGUACAUCAGAUGGGCGGGAAGAUGGCAGACUGUGGUGUGCCACGACCUACAACUAUAAGACAGAUGAAAAGUGGGGCUUCUGUGAAACUGAAGAAGAGGCUGCUAAGAGACGACAGAUGCAGGAAGCUGAAAUGAUUUAUCAAACUGGAAUGAAAAUCCUCAAUGGAAGCAAUAAAAAGAGUCAAAAAAGAGAAGCAUAUAGGUAUCUUCAAAAGGCAGCAGGCAUGAACCACACUAAAGCCCUGGAGAGAGUGUCAUAUGCUCUUCUGUUUGGUGAUUACCUGACACAGAAUAUCCAGGCAGCUAAAUCAAUGUUUGAGAAGCUGACUGAGGAAGGCUCUCCCAAAGGACAAACUGCUCUUGGCUUUCUCUAUGCCUCUGGACUUGGUGUUAAUUCAAGUCAGGCAAAGGCUCUUGUGUAUUAUACUUUUGGAGCUCUUGGAGGCAAUCUAAUAGCCCACAUGGUUUUGGGUUACCGGUACUGGGCUGGCAUCGGAGUCCUCCAGAGUUGUGAAUCAGCACUGACCCAUUAUCGUCUUGUUGCCAAUCAUGUUGCUAGUGAUAUAUCACUAACGGGAGGCUCAGUAGUACAGAGAAUACGGCUGCCUGAUGAAGUGGAAAACCCAGGAAUGAACAGUGGAAUGCUAGAAGAAGAUUUGAUUCAGUAUUACCAGUUCCUAGCUGAGAAAGGUGACGUACAAGCACAGGUUGGCCUGGGACAACUGCAUCUACAUGGAGGGCGUGGAGUUGAACAAAACCAUCAGAGAGCCUUUGACUACUUCAAUUUAGCAGCUAAUGCUGGCAAUUCACAUGCUAUGGCCUUCUUGGGAAAGAUGUAUUCGGAAGGAAGUGAUAUUGUUCCUCAGAGUAAUGAGACAGCUCUUCACUACUUUAAGAAAGCUGCUGACAUGGGCAACCCAGUUGGACAGAGUGGGCUAGGAAUGGCCUACCUCUACGGGAGAGGAGUUCAAGUUAACUAUGAUCUGGCACUAAAGUAUUUUCAGAAAGCUGCUGAACAAGGCUGGGUGGAUGGGCAGCUACAGCUUGGUUCCAUGUACUAUAAUGGCAUUGGAGUCAAGAGAGAUUAUAAACAAGCCCUGAAGUAUUUUAAUUUAGCCUCUCAAGGAGGGCACAUCCUGGCUUUCUAUAAUCUAGCGCAGAUGCAUGCCAGUGGGACGGGGGUCAUGAGAUCCUGUCACACUGCGGUGGAGUUGUUUAAGAAUGUAUGUGAAAGAGGCCGUUGGUCUGAGAGGCUUAUGACUGCCUAUAACAGCUACAAAGACGGUGACUAUAAUUCUGCAGUGACACAGUACCUCCUGCUGGCUGAACAAGGCUAUGAAGUGGCCCAGAGCAAUGCAGCCUUUAUUCUCGACCAGAGAGAAGCAACCAUUGUAGGUGAAAAUGAAACUUACCCCAGAGCUUUGUUACACUGGAACAGGGCUGCUUCACAAGGCUAUACUGUGGCUCGAAUUAAACUUGGAGACUACCAUUUCUAUGGAUUUGGCACUGAUGUAGAUUAUGAGACCGCAUUUAUUCAUUAUCGUCUUGCUUCUGAGCAACAACACAGCGCACAAGCUAUGUUUAAUCUGGGAUAUAUGCAUGAGAAAGGUCUAGGCAUUAAGCAGGAUAUUCACCUUGCAAAACGCUUUUAUGACAUGGCAGCGGAAGCCAGCCCGGACGCACAAGUUCCUGUCUUCCUAGCUCUGUGCAAAUUGGGCAUUGUCUAUUUCUUGCAGUAUAUACGGGAAACAAAUAUUCGAGAUAUGUUCACCCAACUGGAUAUGGACCAGCUUUUGGGACCUGAAUGGGACCUUUACCUCAUGACCAUCAUUGCACUGCUGUUGGGAACAGUCAUAGCUUACAGGCAAAGGCAGCACCAAGACAUGCCUAUGCCCAGGCCCCCCGGGCCACGGCCAGCUCCACCCCAACAGGAGGGGCCACCAGAGCAGCAACCACCACAGUAACAGCCACCGGUGCAGCCUUGUUUGGUGACUGAGAACCUUGUUUGCUGAGAACACUUGCAUUUGAUUCGGGACUUUGGAUGGUGGCCACCUCCUGGGAGAGGCCCAGGAAGCAUUGAAUUCCUAAAGCUGCUUAGAAUCUGAUGCCUUUAUUUUCAGGGAUAAGUUAACUCUUACCUAACCUAGGUUGAAUGUUUGUUUCAGUGCCAUAAGGAAUAACAACUCUUGAUGGCUUUCUUCUUUCUUCCCUUACCCCUCGUCCACUUGGAAACAUGGGAGAUACUCAAAGAGAUGUCUUCUGCAUCUACUAUCUUUCUCGAGUCCUUUGAUCAUCUUCUUAGUGUCCAUGAGUCCUUAUAUCAGCCAUCUUUAAGGUCUUGUAUCAACACUAAAAAGUGAUCAACGGGAAAAACUCAGUUGCAAAUUUCACCUCAAACAUGUCUAAAAGUCAAAAGUAGAUCUUACCUGUUAAAUUAUAACUACAACAAAAACGAUCUCCAAAGUGUUCUGGAACUACAGUAACAAGACAUCCAAAUGCAAGUACACAUAUUCAGCGUUGUUUUUAUUUUAGUUUUAAAAGGGAAGGUUGAGUGUUGUUAUUGGAAAUUGUCACACUUCCUACCAUACUUAUCUCCUUCAGAGACUUCAGGCUUUUUAAAGUUCUAGGAGAACUUUAUUUCUUUGUAAUAGAAUAUAAGUAAAACUUGGUGAACUGAUUCCUUGUGCUAAUAUGUCAAUUUGCCCCACAUACCAGUGUGAUUUGCUUGUUUAUUUUGAAUAUACAGGGCUUUGAUCCAGAAGCCAGAGGACGGACUAAAAAGGGAAAAAUUGAAAAGCAAUAUUGGAAGACUUUAGAUAUGGGGUACCAAGAUCAUAGACUCACUUUCCCAAAAGUUGGAGCAUUUGUUCCCAGGUUUUAUUUUACUUUGCAUUUCUUACUGCAUAAAGACCAACUCACCCUCCCUGAAUUCUUCAAACAUGUAAAACUCUUGCCAGCUAAUGGCAGACAAUAACUACCAUGAUAAUAAUGAAACUCAAAAAUGAAGAUGGAUUCAUUUCAGUGAGUGACAAGAGCCAAGUCCUGUUAUUAAUAUUCUGCAUGCUCAGACAGCUUUUAAUUUCUCACUGUUUCAUAUUAACAGAAAAAUCAAACACAUGCUUAGCAUUAAUAUUAGGAAACUCAAGGCUAUCAGAGUUGAGAAUUGCCUCUUUAAAUUAAAUAGAUGAGGUGGGAACUUCUCAACAAGAAAGAGCAUUGAGAACGUCAAAUGAAAGAAUUAAAACUUAAAUCAAAUUUGUAUUUCUUUUUAUUCUCAAAUGGGUGGUGUUCACCAGCCUUUAUCUAGUCUGAGAUGCAUUAGUAAAUGAGCCGACAUCAGCUUGUUUGUAUUAUUCUUUCUGCAGUUUUCCAUAAUCCCUAAACCUGCCAGAAAACUUGAAGAGUUUAUUAUUUGUAGCAUCAAAAUGCUUUGGUUUUUGAAAUUGGGAUUGUAUUUAGAACUAGAUCUAACUAACCUACAAUGAACAUGAAGGCUUUAAAUGUGAAGUUGUAUACUUUUUUGUGUAUUUAUAGCAGAGUAUUAUGGGAAAUCUGGUAGGCAACUUUCCUACCAGACGUUUGCCUCCAGAUUUGAAGAGGGGAUCGUGGAGAGGACCAUACCAUAUCUGUGAGAGGUAGGAAAUGUUACCCUCAGAAGUGUAAGGUUGCGUUGAGCAGCUCUUGUAAAUAGUAAGGCUUGCUUGGUCUCUGACACUUCCAUUGUUGAGUGUAGGUGCCUUCAUCACUGCCUGUGCUCUCCAUCAGAAUAAAUUGAACACAGGGCAGCAGCCACACUCAUUUGGAAGGUACUUUAUCCAUAUAUUUAUUUAGAAGUUCAAGGAGUGGUGUGCAUCCAUAUAAUCCCAGCUAUUUGGAAGGCUGAGUUGGAAGGAUCAUUUCAGCCUGAGUUCAAAACCAGCCUCACAAGCAACAUAAUUAAACACAUGUCAAUAAAUAAAUAAAAAAUAGUUGAAAACCCCUCCAAGAUGACUACCAACUUCUGUUUGUUUCCUUUUUCCUCCUCCACCUGCCUAAUACUUCCUUGGGCAGCAUUUUUAUAUCAAGAAAACAUUUCCUAAAAUAUUGUGCUACUAUGGCUGGAUGUUCUUCAUGAGUCACAUACUCCUGUUAGUUUCCUCCUUGCUGUGUAGUUUCUAUUAACACUGCAAAUAUCCGUUCCGUGGCUUAUCUCUACCUCCUGUUUUACUCUGGGCCAUUUGCUAUGAGAAACUUGAAUGGUCUGUUUCAGAUAACUCCGGUUUAAUAGUUUCUUUCAAAUGCUGUCUCAAAAUACUUUGCUCUCUUUUUUGUUCAUAGGUCAUGGUACCUAAGCCAAUAGGAAUUGGGUUUGGCAUUUCUCCUAAAAAUUAUGCACAGUACUUAACCUAAUCAAAUGGCAUCCAUUUGAAUAAAGUGGCAAUAAUUAAAGCUAGUUAAUGUCAGUGACAUUAAACUAACUCCGAGAUUCAGGAGUUUUAAUGUUAGAAUUUAGACUCGCUAGAGAGAGUGUGGCUUCAUGUCUUCAUAGUAGCUUGUCUUUCCUGAGAGUUAUUGCAGUCUGUCUUUCAGCCUGUGAAGGUAAUGACAGUCAUACUUAAUUCAGCUUUGGUACUCUUGUGGGUUGAAACUUUCAGAAUCUUGAGACCACCCAUUUUGCUUCUGCAAUGGUGGCACUUUGGAAGUUUUUACUUCUGUGUUGAAAAUUUUGUUUUCCAGGUGAGGCUUAUCGUAAUUUUAGUAACUAGCUGACUUACUAGUUGGCACAGAUGGAAGAGCAAAUCAAAAGCUGCUAUUUCCUCAAAUUCAUAAUUGAACACUUAAUUUGGAUUCACUUUUGAAUCACUAAGGUUAUUCUUGAGAAAUUGUUAUCCUGCUACAUAGAAGGUUAAAUCUAGGUUUUACUUACUAAACUGUUCGUCUCUGCCACAUCAGGAAGCCUUAAACUUCCACAGUACUCUGCUGAUGAUCUUAUGGUCUUAGCAUCUGGUAUUUUGUAUGGAGGGUUUUGUUUGCUUCUGUUUUUCUCUCCUCUGUUCCUCCUAUUUGUUCUUCAGACCAAGGUUUUGGAAGUAUGCAUGUAGGCCUCUAAACAAAAACCACAGUUGUUCAUGUGCAUAGCCUGUGUACCAAUGUCUGAUCUGCAACCCUUCCUUUAACGAGGUUUGGACUAAGAUUUGAUGUGGCCAUCACAACAUGCUUCAGCUCAUCAGCCCUUUCCCAGCCAGGAGAGCAGAGCUGUGUUGGCUCCAAUGACAACUGGUACUUGAUUUGGAUCUAUCAUAGAUUACACAAUAUUAUGUCUAAAAGUAUGCAAGAAAUAAUCAGCAAAAGAAAACUUACAACUUAAUGCAAAUGUUAGUCAUUGCUCAGUCCCGAGAGAAAAUGUAUUUCUGAAUGCUGUAUUGUCUGAAGCACUACCUGGCUUUUAAUUGUUUACAUGUGUAGGAUUCAUUGAAAAGAAGCCAAAUUUCUCCAUCCACUAUAUUUUCAGAAAAUUGUAAAUGACCCCCAGUAACAGUUUGUAUCUAAAUGUGACUAUUUACACAAGUGAAGGUCUGAGUUUGUUUCGAUGGAAGUGAGGACCUUGUGGUCCUAUGCAGGGAGCCAUCUUAUAUGUAUCUGUUGGAUUGACACACAGGCUGAUGCUGUUUCCCUUUGGAUUUAAAAAAAUUAUUUAAAAUGUUGACAUGAUCCAUUCAUAACCACUAUAAAUAUUUAGGAGAGGAAGUUUGAAAAGACCAUCAGUUAGCGUUGUGAAGGAAUACCAUAGUAGACCCUUUUGUAAAUUCAUUUGUAUUUAAUGAAAUGCACUAUAAAGGCUGGCAAAAUGUAAUAUAAUUGUGUAAACAAACAAAUCUUGUGAAUAGAAAGAUGUACAGAUUUGUUUUGUACUGUAUCUUGAAACUUGUGAAAUAAAGAUCCCUCCUCUGGUGA